AUGUCUGCAACCACGGCAACAGCUGGCCCCGACGGGGCAGGCACAAACCCCCGCGCUCCAGAACCAACCCUGGAAUGGGAGACGCGAACCCCGAAACCGAGCCGCUUCAGCAGGUUCAUGCCAGGAGGGGCCGGGAGCCAACCUGGCCACCAACAACACCACGACCCGGAACGGGUCCCCGACGACGACGCGGCUCUCGCGCACAAAGAGGCCGGGCAGGCGCAUUAUGGUUCAAACCGCAGCCAUCACGGCAACCGCCUCGACAGGAUCCUGCCGCCGCACAAAAGGUACCUCGGUAUGCGCAGGCGCGUCUUCCUGCUCGUGCUCGCGGCCGUCGUCGCGCUGCUGAUCCUCAUCGUCGGCCUCGCGGCCGGCCUAUCGUCGCGCUCCGGCGGCAGGGAAAAGAUGCCGCUCCCAGAGGAUGGCGAGACGUACCAGGGCGAGCUGACGUACUACAACCCGGGACUGGGCGCCUGCGGCAAGGACCACGACGACGCCGACAUGGUGGUCGCCGUCGCCCGCGAGCUGUUUGACGAGGCGGCGGGCGGUGCGGAUGCGAAUCCCAACAACAACAGGCUCUGCGGCAGGAAGAUCCGCGUGUCGGCCGACGGCGGCCGCGAUUCGAUCGAGGUUACCGUCGUGGACCGCUGCGAGGGGUGCAAGUCGACCGAUCUGGACCUGUCGCCUGCUGCGUUCAGAAGGCUUGCCGACGAGAGUCGGGGUCGCGUCAAGGGCGAGUGGCAGUGGGUAUAA